GUUCUGUCCGACAUGAAGUUGGUUCUCUCAUAAGGGUAACACGGGGGAACCACCUUCAGGUGGGACAGACGUUAUUUGGCCAAAUGUAUUCUGUUAAGCCGGAAUGGCGCUAGUGAAAUAAAUUCAAAAAUAUCAGCUGUUUUGAUUUUUUAAGGUUAUCAGGAAGUGUCUCAAUCAAUUUCAGCUUCUUAACUUCAAUUUAAGCUUCUGUUUUUUCAAUUCGUGCUCCAUAUAACCCAUCCUUAUCAUUCUAAUAUUUAGUUGCAAACAUUUUCUCGGUACCCCAUAUUCAUAAAAGCUCAAUAACAAUCUAAAAAUUUAUAAUUGACAAAGUAAUUCAACAACAAUGGCAUCGGGACUAGAAAGCUACGUGAAUCAUACUGUGUCAAUCAUCACAUCAGAUGGACGAAAUUUCAUCGGAACACUGAAGGGAUUUGAUCAGACGAUUAAUCUAAUUCUCGAUGAAUCUCACGAACGAGUCUAUAGCUUAACACAGGGAGUUGAACAAGUUGUUUUGGGCUUGCAUAUAAUUAGAGGAGAUAAUGUAGCAAUUGUGGGAGAAUUGGACGAUGAAAUCGAUUCGCGUCUGGACCUUGGAUCAAUCCGAGCUGAACCCCUUACAUCAGUGGCUCACUGAAAUAGAACAAAUUGUAAUCGUAAAUACAUUCAUCUUUUAAUUAUGAUGAAAAACAAUUCACAAAAAUGCUCGCCAACUAUAAUAAGACAUUGUAAAUAACAAGUCAAACUACCAGUGUAAAUUUUCCACUCUUCGCAAUCAAAAAGGACAGAUGAUUUUUUCUCAUACGGUGAUUAAUAAUCAUUGAAUGAUAAUUAUAAUUAAGCAAUAAAGUUGGAAAAGGUACCAGAA